GGGGGCAUCUUGUGCACCUUUUAAAAUGGUGGCCGUAUGAUGCCGGAGACAGAAAACGUUUAGGUAUUUAGUUGAGAAUAGAAACAAUAUUAAGUAUUUUCAAGAGAAGAGAAUGAAACUAUUCGACAUAUUACCAAAAACUAUGGAUUUCGAAAACAUAACAACAGAUUUCGAGGAAAAUGGAACGGAAUUGGAAGACAUUCCCACUUCUUUAAUUAUAACUAAUGUAGACAUCUCAGUCUAUAAUGAUGAGGAGCAAAAGGCUCGGUUCGAAGCUCUGUUUCGCCAUUUCGAAGAAGAAGCGACAUUCCAAUACUUCAAAAGUUUUCGUCGUGCCCGCGUCAAUUACAGCAGCCCCGCAUUUGCAGCUAAGGCAAGAAUCCAGUGUCACAAAAAGCAAAUGGGUGAUAGUAUAAUGAACUGCUACUUUGCGCAGCCUAAAACCGACACGAAAGACUCGGAUUCGUCGGAUUCCUACCUACAGCCACCAUCCCCCGUGCGCCAGUUCCUCAUCUCUCCUCCAGCAUCACCACCGGAAGGAUGGGCUCCCCAUCCGGAAGCCGAACCCACCGUCAAUAUGGAUCUGUUGGCUGCCAUAGCGAAUUUAGGACCAGGAGAAACCCACGAACUUCACCCACCUUCGGAAUCUCAGCCGGGUAUCGUCGUACAUGUCUGCGAAGAUCAACAACCACCCCCUGGUCCUAAGUUAAAAAUAGUGCAAACUAGAUGCCCCGAACGGUCAUCGUCUACAGAUUCUGAUUCACCUUAAGGGGAGGCGUCGUCACGUUUUGUCCACCCCGUCCAUCGUAUAUUUUUGGUUUUUUCUGUUUAUCCCUCUCCUCCCUUCCACCUUCGACUGACGAUGAGGAUGGCGACGACGAUGAGAGUUAGGAGAAAUUUAUCCAUGUACACACACGAAUAAUAUAAAAAAAUAUAUAUACAUAUAUAUAUUUUUCUUUUAAAAAAAAAAUCACUAUUUUUGUCGGAAAGUGGAGAACUUUAUCGAUUCCCCCCUGAGUUAAGGCAUUAAAAAAGUAAAAAUAAAUGAAGACAACGAUUUAUUUUCAUCCUCUCCUCUCUCCUCUUCCACUACGAUGAGGAGUAAUACAAAUUAGAGGAACGAAGUAGUAGUUCUGUUGUCUCUAAAUAUAUAAUUAUAUACAUAUAUAUAUAUAUAAAUUGGUGAUAAUUCGGAUGUAAAGUUUGUUAUUUAUUCAGUGUUUAUGUAUAGAUCUACAUUGGAUAAAAAUAAACCAUGGUAGAAUUUAAUCUCCUAGUCGACGUUG